CCCUUCUCAAAGUAGCACAUGGUUUCUGUCUGAGGAGGUUUAGCGUUCUUGGGCUGCAUGAGAGAGGGAGGAUGCCACAGAGCUGCAUGCAAACACAUGUUCAAAAGUGAAACAUUGAGCAGUUUUCUGCAGAAAUGUCAGAAAUUUAUUAACUGAGAUUAUCCUAAUACCAAUUUUUUGUUUGUUUUUCUUGGGAUGCUGAGAUGUUUUGUAUUUUUGCCAUAUUGGAUGAGAGAUCUGGUGACAGUUGGAGCACGGACUAACAGCUUUUUUUUGUGGGAAAAAACGUUGAAGAAGACUUCAUCAUCAUCUCCACCAUCCGCCUAAGGAUAGGGAAACUGGACCAGCAUCUCCAUACAGGAUUCUGGAGUCAGAAAUCAUGAAAGAUAUCUAUGGUGGAUUCGAGAACCAGCUUUUCAAAGACGAGGAUUUCACUGCAGAGGAGGAGGAGAUGCCCUCAUUCAGAGGUCGUACUAGAGGUGGCUGUGUGAGAUGCCAGCAGAGCCAGUCUCUCCAGCUGGCAGUCAAAGUGCUCUAUGGAUUUGUUGCUUUCCUCAUCAUUACUGUUGCAGUGUUGGCUUCACUUGUGUUCAAAAAGGUGGACAACUUGUCUGAGGAAGAAUUAGUCUACCACAAGAAGAUCACCAAAGUUGAGCAAGGAAUAACGGAUCUGAGGUCCACAUCUAACUGUUCAGGCUGCCUGGAUGCAGCAUUUUAUAGUGAGGAGAUCAGCAGGCUAAAAGGAGAGUUUGAAGACAUCCAGAAAAUGAUACUGGGACAAGAACAGGUACUGGACCAAAACUCCCAAACACAGGCCACCAUAAAGUCCACCAGCAACCAGCUGAUGCGGGAAGUCCAAAACCAUCUCGUGUCGAUCAAACUUCUUAACCAGUCCCUGGAAAGGUACCUGGAUCGGGUGGAUGGCUGGAAGGAGGUGAUUGAGGAAACUGAGGAGAAGAUGAAAACGCUGACUGAGGAUCAGUAUGACAUCAAAGCAACAGCCCAGCAAAUUAACACAACAGUGGCGCUCAGCACAAUGUGGAUUGAUGCCCUGCAGAGAAAAGCUGAUGAGGACAAUUUGGUUCUCCAGAAGUUAACCACUGACUGGCAGAACUACAGUCGAGUUAUUGGAGCAAUGAAAUCCAACACAAGCAGCAAUUCACAGACCAUGCGUUUCCUCCAGAACAGCAUCAUGAUAGAUCGACAGAGAAUCGCCAUGUCCACUGAAGUGUUAUACGACCUCACACACCAGGUUAUGAACCUCCAGAUGCAGCUCGACAAUGUGACGUCUUUCAUGGAUGAACACGAAGAGAACAUGCAUGACCUUAACUACCAUUCCAGGUAUUACGAGAACCGGACAGGUGAGCGCUUCUCUGCCUUGGACAGUCGUCUGAACUCCAUCGAGAUGGAGAUUGACACCAUUUCCUCAAGCAUCAACGCCACUGUCAGCCAUGUUCAAAGCAUGUACAAGUACAUCAACAUCGAGAGCUCAUCUUGUCAUUCUCGCCUGAGCAGACACACAGAAGAUCUACAGAACAUGAACAACACGGUCUUGUUACUCCUCCACUUAGCCGACACGCUGAGGCAGCAGAACAUGGUGCUGAAUGUCCGACUGGAUAUGGAUGUGAGAAACUUGUCUAUGGUGAUGGAGGAGAUGAAGCUUGUUGAUGUUUUUCACACACAGCUCAUAGGCAACUUCACUAUACUAAAAGGUGCUCCUGGACCACCUGGGCCAAAAGGGAGCCGUGGUGAGGCUGGCUCUAAAGGCCCCAUAGGACUGAAUGGCAGCAAAGGGGACAGAGGUCCCAUAGGAGGCCGUGGAUCUGUUGGGGAGAAGGGUUCUCCUGGCCCCAAAGGAGCACAGGGUGAAGCAGGGCCUAGUGGCAACAGAGGGGCACCAGGUAUCAAAGGAGCCAAGGGUUCAAUUGGUCAACCGGGGGCCAAAGGUGAAAGAGGCCAGAAAGGUGAUAUGGGGUCUUCUGGUAAAGAUGGAGGACCAGGACCAGCAGGGCCUCAAGGGAUCCAGGGCCAGGCAGGACUCCCAGGGAUCAUUGGGCCACCAGGACCAAGAGGAAAAACAGGGCCAGCAGGGCCACCAGGACCACCGGGCACCCCUGGACCCCCUGGUUUGCCAUACAUUCACGACCGCACCCAUAUCCCUCAGCAGCGAACUGUUACACCUGCUGCUGGCUCAAAGAGACAGUAGAGAGAAACACAGAGUCAGAGAUGAUUUGUUUGUUGUAAAGAAGCUGAAGAAUUGUGAUUAGACAAGAAAUCAAAGAAUUUCAAUCAUUGUGAUUGGAAACACAAAUGUCCUUUUCUACGGGAUUAUACAAAACAAACAAGACCUUUAUGAGCAAAUGUAACAAAUAAAAUUCAAGAUGGAAGUUAAAAGAAAACAUUUUGGAUGAAACAACAUGCUAACAUGAAAUAAAAUGAAAGAAAAAGCCUGAAACAUAAGAGGACAUAAUUGUCCUAAAAGACUGAUGUGUUGAUAGGUAAUGGAAGUCCUACAAGGCUGCAAAUGGACUGUGUUUGGACCAUCUUUGAACUCUUUAUAGUAGUGGUCUUAAUCCAAAAUAUGUAUAUGAACCUGCUCACAUAGAAUUUGAAAUAUUGAUAUUAACUGUACAGAGCACAAUUAGGAAUUAGAUAAUGAGAUUAACCGGAAUAUAGAACCAUUUUUCUUUUAACUUGUUUGUUCAGUGAACUGGAAGCAAAGAACGUUAUUGAUGACCUCCUGGGAGCUUAAUAAAUAAGAGGGCUGUUAACCAAAAAUUAGGACUUGAAUAAGUGUGUUUUCUGUCCAGACUGCAAAAACAUUUACAGUCCUGUGCACUACGUAACGUUUUACAUAAAAAAAAAAAAAGGUCCUCUUUUUUUGUUUUUAAAUGCAUCAUGUUUCUAACACAUCUCCAAGAAAGGCACUUUACUGAUUCUUAAAGUGUAACAGGUUAAGCUAGUUGUCAGAGCAGGCACUCUGAAGACUUCCCAUCUACUAGACCUGUGUGUGGUUACAGCUGCAGAAUUAAUAUUUGAUCCGAUUUCUGUUUAAGAAAACUCACAAAACUAUUAGAGUGAAUUAAAAGGAAAAAUACAAAGUUAAUCUUUGUUUCGUCUGCAGUCAACUGUGAUAGUACAGUAAUAACUCUAGUAAGCGUUUGGGUUUUAUGAUGCACUAAUAACCAUUUUUAUCUCAACGUAAAAGUUUUCCAAAUGGAACACACAUUUUUUGUAAACCUGGUUGUUGUAAUGAAAUGCGACUGGCUUGCAUUGAACUUCAAUAAAUGCUCUUUUUUCAAUCAUA